CGACACCCCCCGAGAAAAUUUGUCCGUUGGUAAUGCGUGACACGAUGUGGCCACUGUGUUAGGAGGUUCGACGGUUCGACUCGUAACGCGCUACGCACGGAGCGGGUGGGCCGUGCUGACUGAGGUGGUGGUGCUAGUGUUUUGUGGUGCUACUGAGUGCAGCGCACCCGCACCAUAGACCGCACUCACCGGUUUUGUCACCUGUGCGUUCGUUCAUCGUAUGCAUGGCUCAGCCUGUCAACAGGCUGGUAUUCCGAGUGAAUGGAUAACGGGAUAACAAGUGCCUUGCUUAGUGCAUAAUUCGGGCAGCAGGAAUGGCGUUCAAGCAGUGGCGCAGAUUCAAUUUCUUCGACAAGGAGGUGGUGCGGGAUGGUGACAAGGCGUUCGACAAGCUUCAGGAGCUGAGCGUAACAUGCAGCGCAAGCGGCCGAGGCCAGCUGGUGUUGGGGGAGGUUGGCGGUCAUGUGGUGUGCGUGAGCCGACAGCUGCAGCUGACCACAUUCCGCGCCUACGAACUCACAGUCGAACUGAUGCAGCAAAUGCGCAACCACGCGCUGCUCGUCACGCUCGGAGCAGACGAAAGCGGCGUCAACCCGCUGGUUAAGGUGUGGAACCAGGACAAGGUCGACAAGCAUGGUGUGCCCCACUGCUGCCGAAUUGUUCGAGCUGCAGCUGGUACUUCACCGUCACCGGCCAAGUCACUUGCUGUGGAUGAACGGCUGACGCUGAUGGCUGUUGGCCUGGAAGAUGGCCGCUUGCUGCUGUAUCGUGGGGAUGUGACGCGGCAGCAGAGCCGUCAGACUGUGGUGCCCCUGGAGUCUGGGUCAGUGAAUGCGCUGGCCUUUGGCGGGGCCAGCCAGCUCUUCGUGGCCACGGCCACCCAGGUGCUGUCGCUGGUUCUCGGUGCACAUGGGCAGCCUUCCAAGCAGCUUGUUUUGGACGCCCAUGGCUGUGCUCCACAGUGCGCUGCACUAAGCAGUGAGGGGGAAUUCAUCGUUGCUCGCCAAGAUGCCGUCUACUUCUACCACCCGGAGGGCCGUGGUUCCUGCUUUGUCUUUGAGGAUGAAAAGUUGCUGCUGCGUUGGUUUCGCACGUACCUAGUCCUGGUGGCGAGAGAUGCCAAGACGGCUAGGAGUGCUGGUGGUCCAGAUAAAACAAUAGUUACCAUCUAUGAUAUACAGAACAAGUUUGUAGCCUACUCAGCGGCCAUCCCUGGUGUGGUAGAUGUGAUGGCCGAAUGGGGCUCCCUCUAUGUGCUGGUACAAGAAGGCAAGCUAUUUUGUCUCCGUGAGAGGGACACCCAGAGCAAGCUGGAACUGCUUUUCCGCAAAAACCAGUACUCACUGGCCAUCAGCUUAGCGCGGAGCCAGAAAUAUGACCAAGAUGGUUUGGCGGACAUCUUUCGGCAGUAUGGUGACCAUUUGUACAGUAAGGGUGACUAUGAAGGCGCUGUGCAGCAGUACAUACGCACAGUGGGCAAGCUGGAGGCUUCGUACGUCAUUCGCAAGUUUCUUGAUGCUCAACGUAUUGGUAACCUGACCGAGUACCUGCAAGAGCUGCACCGCCGAGGUUUUGCCAAUGAGGAUCACACCACACUCCUUCUCAACUGCUACACCAAACUUGAAGAGGAUGACAAGCUCACCAGCUUCAUCAUGACGGAGGACGUGGCCUUCGACGUGGAGAUAGCAGUGCGGGUGUGCCGCCAGGCAGGCUACUUUGCCCAAGCACGGCAUCUGGCCAAGAAGCACGGUUGCCACGACCUGUAUCUGCACAUUCAGCUGGAUGAUUGCAAAGAUUAUGCAGAUGCCUUGCAGUACAUCAGCCAGCUGGACCAUGCACAAGCGGAGGGCUACAUGCAGAAAUAUGGCAAGGCGUUGCUGGACGCGAUCCCGGCUGAGACGACCCAGCUGCUUAUGCAACUCUGUAAUGAACGCAGUGGAAGUUGGCCGCACCGGUCACAGCCAGAAGAUUUCAUACACAUCUUUGUGAACAAUUCAGAGGAACUACUGCGGUUCCUGGAGCAUAUGGUCAAUGUGCAGCCAGAUUCAUCUAGCCUCGUGUACAACACGCUGCUGGAAUUGCAUCUGCAAGCCUACAAGCAUGAGGAGAAUCCAGAGGCACGGCAGGCUCGGGAACAGCACAUCAUGGAGAUGCUGCGUAACAUGCAGUCACGAUACGACCUUGACCAGGCCCUGGUGCUGUGCCAGAUGAAUGGUUUCAAGCCAGGCAUCCUGCACCUUUACGAGAAGGCCAAGCUGUACCACCAGAUCCUCGCCUACCAUAUUGACCAGCAUGACUAUGAUGGUGUGAUCAAGUUGUGCGAGAAGUUUGGUAUCUAUGACCCCAACCUGUGGAUUCAAGCACUUGGCUUCUUUGCACGGGCUGAGGGUGCUAGUCAACACCUGGCCACUGUGCUACAGCAGGUGGAAAAGGGGCGCCUGCUGCCGCCCGUGUUGGUGGUCGAGAUGACGCGGCCAGCACCACUGUCAGCACUGCGGGACUACCUAGUACGGCACUUACAGGCCGAGAGCCGACAGCUGGAUGAGCAUCAGCGGCUCAUCACCCAAUACCGCCAGGAGACUGAACGUGUCCGCCAGGAGAUGGAUGACCUGCGCAAUGGCCCACGCAUCUUUCAGGACGCAAAAUGUUCAGGCUGCAACCACCAGUUGGAAUUACCCUCUGUUCACUUCCUCUGUGGCCACUCGUACCACCAACAGUGUUUUGAGAACUAUGCUGAGAAUGACACGGACUGUCCUGAAUGCCUGCCACAGCACAGCAAGGUGCUGGACAUCCUGCGGUCGCAAGAGCAGGCACGAAACCUCCAUGAGGACUUCCAUCAUCAGCUGGAGCGUUCAGAGGAUGGCUUCUCGGUGGUGGCCGACUACCUGGGCCGGGGCUUGUUCCAGCGACUCACGCUUUUGGCACCAGCCACAGCAGCAGCAGCAGGCCCACCAGCAGCAGAAUUGAGGGCAGCCAGGUCUUGAUCACAGCCCAUGUGCUGCAUGUAGUAAAGUGUGGUGCAUAUCACUACGUGGGACUUUGGGUUGAACAAAACCAGGUGCCACACUGCACUCAUUAUGUGGUGCCCUGUUGUGUGCACACACGCAGAACUCUGGCUUCGUUAGUGUGCUGCUAGUGCCACAUUAAAGAUGGUGCUGUCACAAAGAAAAGCAAGCACCACAUUUUUAUUCAGU